ACAACUUUUAAAUAUAAGAAACUCGAAAUGUGGAUAUCGGAGAAUUUACGGGUCUCCUUGACGCCACUACAAGAAGUUCCCGCAAAUAUUAAGUAUGGUUUUAUAGACACCAAAUUUGGAAGGAUUUUGCUUGGAUUGACACCGAUUGAAAAGGACGGCAAAACCUGCGACGCAAUUUGCCUGUUGUAUUUCGUGCUGAAGGAAGAUAACAAGAGCUUGGAGGAAGUGCGUCGACGUUGGCCCCAGGUGGAGCUUGUUGCGGAUGAGCUGGCCAUUCAAAAGCACAGUAAACGGCUGUUUUACGAAAACGUAAGCACUACUGCCGCCAUCGAUGUUGCAGUUCUGGGCACAGAUCUACAGUUGGCUGUGUGGGAUGAAUUGGUCAAAAUGAAAACCGGCAGCACAUGCACCUACGCAGAGCUGGCUGUGCUGGCGGGCCGUCCCAAGGCUGUGCGGGCCGUGGCCAGUGCUGUGGCAAAAAACGAGGUAUCGAUUUUAAUACCCUGCCAUCGCAUUAUCUCCAAAAGCGGCGCGGUAAAAUAUGGAUGGGGCGCUGAUCUGAAAAGUGUCUUACUGGAAUAUGAAGCAAAUAUUUCGUAAAUCGAACGGUUAUCGGUUAUUCAUUUGGUUAGAUAAGUAUUUAAAAAAUCGUUUAUUGAAAUUCAGCUCCGGACUCUUUAAUUUGAA